UCUUCUCUCUGUUGUUCUUCUCCUGCUGCAACAGAUUUCUUGGAUCUUAGAAAACAACAUCCUCUGCUACUUAAAUUCUUUAUUUGAAACCUUCGAAGUAAUUAUCUUCUGUUGCUUAUUAUAGAAGAAGGUUCGCUAAGAAUGCGGAAUCCUAGUUCAGUCAAGCAAGAAUUUCUCAAGAAAUGGAUACAAGGACUUAAAGCAUACAAUGGUACAAAGAAAGAAAUGAGCAUAAUGGAGAGAAAGAAAGUUAUAAAGCUAUCAGCAGACGUGGCCAUGGCUUCCACUAGAAACUCAAAAACAACAUAUUGGGGUCAUGCCCUUAUCGCCAAUUAUGCUUCAAAAGAUGUCAAUAACAAGUUCAUUGUUGCCCAUAUCCUGGGCGACGAGUACUCUGAAAGAAUAAAAAAAGCUGCAAUAAUGAGGCUGGCUAUGUCACACAAGAGCUUCAGAAGCAAGAUUAUCCUCAAAAAAAGCUGCAGCAUAUCAAGAAAAACUAAAAAAAUGGCGCCUCGAAUUGGGUUAGCUCGUUGUAUAGCAAGGAGAUUAGUGAAGAAGAGAACACAAGUUCUUAAAACACUUGUCCCUGGAGGAGAAUACAUGGAUGAUAUGUCUUUGAUCAAAGAAACUUUAGAUUAUAUCCUUUCACUAAGAGUGCAAGUUGAUGUUAUGAGGCAUCUUGCUAAUGCUACUGAUCAACUCUCUCAUACCAAAACAUAAUCAUAUAUAGUCAUUCUUUAACUUCUUCUAUUUUUUAUAUCAUGAAGUACUUAAUUAAUUUCUUCUUCUUUUUUAUA